AUGGGAAAAAAUAUUGGGGUUUCAUGGAGUUUCAGCUUCUUGGUUCUGGGACUCUUUUGCUACUUACUGGUUGGUGCUACUGGAGAAGAAAUGUUCUUGGACGGCAAGAGACAUGAAAUGAGCAAUGGGCUACAUAGCAGUAGGUCUAGAGAACAGGCUGGCCAUCUAGGCCUUACAGCUGGUGGUUAUGAUGGAGGAUAUGGUGGCGGUUAUGGGAAUGGGGAUGGAAAAGGCCAUGGUGGUGGUGGUGGAUAUGGGAAUGGGGAUGGAAAAGGCAAUGGUGGAGGUGGUGGUUAUGGGUGGGGUGGAGGUGGUAGUGGCGGAGGGUUUGGCGGUGGUGGGGGCUCAGGCUAUGACAAUGGUAGGGGUCGAGGUGGAGGGUUUGGAUCAGGUGGCGGGUUUGGUAGUGGAUGGGGCAAUGGUGGCCCUGGUUCAGGUGGGAGUGGUGGCUUUGGGUCCGGGGGCGGUAUUGGCUCGGGUUCAGGAGGGGGUGGAGGAGGAGGAUUUGGCUCAAGCCCCGGCUCAGGGUACGGUGGUGGGGGUGCCGGUUUUGGUAGAGGUCAUGGUGGGGGAUCCUACGUUAAGCCUCCAGGAAGAAAGUAG